AGAGAGAGAGCCAUGGCCAGGGUAACAACAUGGUUGGCAUUGGUGAAUUCCUCACACAUUCUAGAAUGAGGUUUGGAGUUCCAAACACAGGCCUGGAACAGGAAGCAAGGCUAUCUCCCACAUCACAGAUCCGUAAGACAAGUCACACUCCUCUCCAUUUCCUGUGCACUCUCCGCUGGACUAAUGUUAAUUGAGGUAUUCAUGUCAGUGGCUGGAACAUGCUGAGUGAAGGCUUCCUGACUACACUACAGUACAGCGGGGAGAGUGUGGAGUCCCCUGCCACUGCUGCUGCGGCUGCUGCCACCGCACAGCUCAAAAGCAGCACAACAGCGCCCCCUGCUGAGACCAGCUUUACACGCUCCCCUUUAACACCAAGAUCUGCCAGAGCAGGGAAACAGAAAGCUCCAGGAGGACAUCGGCCCAGGUCCGGCCUGGUAGGCAUACCUGGCUCCGCAGGCUCCACCACCCUUCCCCUGGCCCAUCUCCAUGGAGCCGGCGCAGGGACCAGCAUGGACGAGUACUGGGGCCUGGAGCUCUACCGCUCCUGGUGCUGCCCCAGCGUCUGCAAGGUCUACCCGGACAUGCAGCUGAGGGGCGACCAGCUGGGCGACCGCAGUUCCAACAGCCCCCACUGGGUGGCAGCACCGCCAGAGGACUGGCAGCCCGUGCUCCACUCGCAGGACCUGGUGGACAUGGAAGAAGAGGCCCCUGGGGAUUCUCUGCCUUGGCUGGGGGGCAACCAACCACCUCAACACCCACAUCCUCACCACCACCACCACCACCACCAUGAUGAUGGCUACAUGGAGAUGGACACCAGCCUGCCGGGGCUGGACUCCAUGAGGGAGCUGGACUCCAUGAGGGGGCUGGACAGGCUGUCCAACUCCAUGCUGAACGGCUACCUGGAGACCAAGCUGCUGGAAGUGUACCGGCAGCACCUCCAGGACAGCCUGGCGCGCGGCGCCGACGCCUCCGUGAGCCCGGGCAUGGUGGUGGUGCCCACUGUGGUGGUGGACAGCCCUGUGGCGGCAGCGGGGGUGCCCAGCAGAGGGCAGUGGGGGGUCGAUGGGGAUAGGCCCACCACCUCAGACUCCAUUCACUACCUCAGCACCUGCGGCCUGAGGUCAAACUCCCACUUCAGCUCUCCCGAGCUCAGGAUCUCUGACGUUCAGUCUGAUCAUGUGAAGGACGAGCAAAACCAACAAUGAAAAUAUGACCUUUUCUCUUGCUUAAGCCUUGUGCUACCAUGACACACAGUAAAAGAAAAUACUAUGUCAAUGUAACUUUUUAAAAGAUAUUUGUGUGGCUUUUUGGACUGCGAGAGAGGGACAGGAAAUGAGUGGGGAGAGAAUUGGGGAAGGAGUGGCCAAUGAGCCAGGACAGAAUUGAACCUGGGUUGCCGGUGUGGUGGCACAGUGCCCUAACGCAGACCCCCACAGUAACAACAAUUCUGUUGUGCGCUCUGUUGUGUGUUCUGUUCAUUUUUGUUGUACAGAGCUGUGUUAUAAUGUCAAUGGUAAGUUCCCAGGUGCGCUUACAUUAUUAAUUGAUGAUUAUUAUUACUAUUAUUAUUAAUCUGACCUCAUACCAUAACAUAAGCAGUUGAAUGUAAGACAGUAUUUCAACAUGAUUCUGUGUCGGGGCUCGAACUCGCCAUUAUCAGGCUCAAGGCCAACAGCUUAACUGCUAGUCCAUUAUUGCGCAAGCUGAUGCUGCUGAGAUCCUCAGUGUCAAAUGGCCUCUACAGUUCCAAUUUACACUGUUCAAAGACUUUGUGUUAGUUUCCCAGCUCUGCUAAAAAAAUAAGUGUGCAUUCCAAUAUGCGGCCUCCGAUCCUCCACUUGUGCUUGUGGCCUCACUCCGCCUCCUGGCCCCACCUCCAUGGAGAGAACAAUAAAGUUUCCCCGCUGUCUGCCUAGCCACAACAACUUUUGGGGGACUGUUUUUCAUCCACCAUCCGAAUUGCAAAUGAGAAAAUGGCAUAGGAAUUGUGCUUUUGCAAGAUGUUUAAUUAAUUUUCUGUCGUCUGUGACAUCAACAUGAGGUCACAAGCAGGCAAGUAAGCAAGGGAGGACGGAAGUCUGCUUAUUCGAAUGUACUCUCUGUGUCAACCUGUGUUGUUUGUCAUUUGACUUGCAAUUAAAAAUGCAAAUAUCUAUAAUUGAAA